AACAAGCCGACCUCCUCUCGAGAACGAUCAAUUCUUCCCCCCUCACGCAUCGCAUCCACCCCCGCCUGGCUGCGUGUGCCUUCCAUGAACCUGUGAGAAGCGUCAAUUCCACCCUCGUGGAGGCCCUGCGAUUCCGGUCGAUCGCCACGCGGGUUCAUCCUCCUUGCUGAUCCCUCGUCCGCCUAGUAGUCUCCCUCGCCCCAUCCCCCAGUUCCACAGGCACUUCAUACCCCCUUGCAUGCCGUUGCGCCGACCGCCGUGAGCCCUAUCUCGUCCUUCCCCUCCCCCCCUCAUGGCGUCCGAUCCCAGCCCUGUGCUCGCCGACAAUGCGACCGAGGAUGACCCCGACUCGUUCUUCUAUACCCACGAAGACCACGACCACGAUGUCUCCCCGGACCAGUUCGCCCCGGACCUCUCCGGCAAAGACGAUGCGCUGGGCGACGCGAAGCCCGUGAAGGACCACCUGCCCAUGCAAAAGCGACGCCGGGUGACGCGCGCCUGCGAUGAGUGUCGUCGCAAGAAGAUCAAGUGUGAUGGGAAGCAGCCGUGCACCCACUGCACCGUUUACAGCUACGAAUGCACCUACGACCAGCCCUCCAACCGCCGUCGCAACCCUGCCCCCCAGUAUGUCGAGGCCCUGGAGAACCGCCUACAUAAGGCAGAGGCCCUGCUGCGCGUCGUCCUGCCCGAUCUGAAUCUCGAUGACCCGCAAUUCGACGUCCAUGCCUCGGAGCAGAUGCUGGCCGCGAUCAACCGCGAGAAGCAGCAGCAGGAACAACCACCACAGCAACAACAACAACAACAACAACAACCAUUGCUGUCCGCGCCCAUCCCCGCCGCCGGUCGACGCCGUAGUUCCGUGGCCCUCGCGGGGUCUGCCGACUCGGGCGAUGCCAACGGCGGCGAUGAGUCGCUGCUGGAGUCGAUGGUCGACAACCAUGGCUACAUCGAUCUGGACGACCAGGGACACUGGGAUUACCACGGCCACAGCUCGGGCAUGAGCUUCAUCCGCCGCCUGCGCAAGCAGCUGGGGUCGUCCGACAUCCAGCCGCCGUCGAUCCGGUCGCGCCCCGUCAGCCAGACCAAGUUCGACAGCCCCAAGUCCAUGUCGGAGUCGCCGCAGGAUGCCGUCUUGCCGCCGACCCACGACCUGCCGCCGCGCGAGGUCGCACGGCGUUUGUGCCACAACGCCCUCGACGACGGCUGCUCGCUGAUGCGCUUCGUGCACGAGCCCUCCUUCUUCGCCAUGUUCGAUCGCAUCUACGAUACCCCCCUGGACCACUUCACCAACGAGGAGAACUCCUUCCUGCCGCUGCUCUACAUCGUCAUCGCCGUCGGCUGUCUGUUCUCCGACGGCGGGGCCGGCGCCCUGGAUAUUUCGGGCUAUGAGGGUGCUAUCGGGCAAGGGUUCCAAUACUUCCGCGCGGGCCAACAGCUGUUGGAGGUGACCGACUGUCGCGACCUGGUGUCCCUCCAGGCCAUCUGCUUCAUGGUGCUCUUCCUGCAGUCCUCCGCCAAACUCAGCACCUGCUACUCCUACGUGGGCAUCGCCCUGCGAUCCGCCCUGCGCCUGGGCCUGCACCGCAAGAUGACGGCGCAGUUCACCCCCCUGGAGCAGGAGCUGCGGAAGCGCAUCUUCUGGGUGGUCCGCAAGAUGGACGUCUACGUGAGCACCCUGCUGGGGCUGCCCCUGAUGCUGAGCGACGACGACAUCGACCAGGAGUACCCAGAGUCCGUCGACUCGGAGUUCAUCACCCGCGACGGCAUUCUGACCAUGCCCUCGGAUCGCACGCCGCUGAUGGCCGGCGCCAAUGCCCACACCCGGCUGUCCAGCAUCAUCCUCAAGGUCGUCAAGUACAUCUACCCGGUGAAGCAUGCCCAGCAUCGCGGGUCGGACCAGCGCUACGUGGUGAGCCACUCCAAGAUCCGCGAGAUCGAGCGCGAUCUGCAAGCCUGGAUGGAGGAGCUACCUGCGGCUUUGCGGCCAGGCACGGAGGUCUCCCCCCAGCUUGAACGGGUCCGACAACUGCUGCGCAUCAGCUACGCCCACGUGCAGGUGAUGAUGUACCGCCCGUUCCUGCACUACGUCUCCAGCGGCUCGCAGGCUCGCGGCGUGGACCGGCGGUCCUACGCCUGCGCGGCGGCCUGUGUCAGCGUGUCGCGGAACAUCGUCCACAUCACCACGGGCAUGCACAAGCGAGGCCUGCUGAACGGAUCGUUCUGGUUCACGAUGUACACGACGUACUUCGCCAUCCUGUCACUGCUGUUCUUCGUGCUCGAGAACCCGGACUCGCCCACGGCCAAGGACGGGGUGCUGAAAGACGCCAUGGAGGGCAAGAACACGCUGGCUGGGCUGGCGAAGAAGAGCAUGGCGGCCGACCGCUGCUCGCAGAGUCUCAGCUGCGUCUUCAAGAACCUGCCGGAGCUGCUCAAGAACCGCCAGAGCUCGACCGUCCGGGCCAACCUGAAGCGGUCCGCGCCGUCCAGCGGCAACCACCAUCAGCGAGCCCCAAGUGCCACGACCAAACCCUCGCAGAUGCCCCCUCCGCAGCGCGCCAGCACCUUCCCCAACCAGCUGCUGCACCGAUCGACCAAGUCCGAGGCCAGCAACACCCCCAAGAGCCUCGACGACAGCGCCGCCGCGCGCAACAAGGGCCCGCCGAACCCGCGGCACAGCCAGCCGUGGUUCCCAUCGACGCCCACGCCGGAGCCCGUCGCCGACACCGUCGCCUCGACGCCGUCCGAGACGGCCACGGCCAGCAGCUCGACCCGAGCCUCCCCCGUGUCCAUGUCCAUGCCCCUGGGCGACUCCUCCGGGCCCAACCCCUUCAACGCCUUCGCCAACAACCCCUGCAGCUUCCCCGACCUCAUGCCCAUCAUGUUCCCCUCCGACGACCCCUUCGCCUACCCCACGCAGCCCCUCUCGACCCUCGAGAACGACCACUUCAGCCACGACCCCCCCGUCACCUCGCAAUUCGCCCCGUCCCUCACCGACACCAGCGGCGUCAGCUCCCUCGGCGUCACCACCCCGACCCUCGACGGCUUCGGCAAUUUCUCCGUCUUCGCCGGUGGUGGCCCCCCAGCACCGGCACCGGCACCUCCGCCCCCCAACAUCUCCACCCGCCUCGCCGCCAACCAGACCCAGUCGCGUCUGCAAUCGCCCGCCUCUCACUCUCACUCUCACGCCUCCACCCCCGUCAACGGCGCCGAGGCCGUCAACAGCCCCGACCUCUAUGGUAUGGGUGUUGAGGAUGCGAAUGUCAAUCCCAAUGCGAAUGGGAAUGGGAAUGGGAAUGGGGAUGGUCCCGGUCCCACUGUCCCUGGCAUGGGUAUGGGGUUGGAUUUGGGUCUGCCGCUGGAUGAUCUGUUCGGCAACGCGGAUGUCUUUCGUCCGGGUGGGUUGGGCGAUGAGUGGACGCAGUGGAUGAAUGUGGAGAGUUAGUUAGUCGAUUAUCAACAGGGCAGGGGAGGGGAGUAAAAUAUUGAGGUAAUACCCAUAUGCGCUGAGGAUUGGAGAUUGGAGUUGGAGUUGGAGUUGGAGUUGGAGUUGGAGUUGGAGUCUUGGGGCUGGGGCGUUUGUGUGUGUUUUGUUUGUUUGGAUGGUUGGAUGGAUGCUUGCUCGGUUGGAGGGUUGGUUGUUUGUGUGGCUGGCUGCAGGUGCGGGUGUGGGUGUGUUUUCUGUGUUUACUAUCUAUGUAUGUAUGUAGCUAUGCUUUAUGUUCGUGUCAAUGAUCAC